UCCAGCGGCAGUCGUGGGGUUCCCGCGGGGUCCCCGGCCAGGGCCUCAAGUUGACAGAUGUGCAUGAGGAGGUGCCUGGUCGGCCUCACCUUUUGUACCUGCUACCUGGCCUCUUACCUCACGAACAAGUAUGUCCUGUCUGUCUUGAAAUUUACCUACCCUACAUUGUUCCAAGGGUGGCAGACGUUAAUUGGUGGACUUUUGCUUCAUGUGUCAUGGAAACUGGGCUGGGUGGAGAUCAACAGCAGUUCAAGAUCUGACGUUUUGACGUGGCUUCCUGCUUCGGUGCUGUUUGUGGGUAUAAUCUAUGCUGGUUCCCGAGCACUGUCCAGACUGCCCAUUCCUGUAUUUCUCACUCUGCACAACGUCGCUGAAGUUAUCGUCUGUGGGCACCAGAAGUGUUUUCAGAAAGAGAGAACAUCUCCUGCAAAGAUCUGUAGUGCCCUCUUCCUCCUGGCCGCUGCAGGAUACCUGCCCUUCAAUGACUCCCAGUUUGAUCCAGAUGGAUAUUUCUGGGCUGUAAUUCACUUAUUCUGCGUAGGGGCUUAUAAGAUACUACAGAAGUCCCAGAAACCCAAUGCUUUAAGUGACAUCGACCAGCAGUACUUCAACUAUAUAUUCAGUGUGGUGCUCCUGGCAUUUGCAUCUCAUCCCACAGGUGAUCUCCUCAGCGUCCUGGACUUUCCGUUCCUGUAUUUCUACAAAUUCCAUGGCAGCUGCUGUGCCAGUGGAUUUUUAGGAUUCUUUCUCAUGUUCAGCACAGUGAAGCUAAAGAGCCUUCUGGCCCCGGGGCAGUGUGCAGCUUGGAUUUUCUUUGCUAAGAUGAUCACAGCUGGUUUAUCAAUACUGCUGUUUGAUGUGAUCCUGACCAGUGCGACUGUGGGAUGCCUCCUGCUCGGUGGACUUGGAGAGGCCUUGCUCGUCUUCUCAGAGCGGAAGGGCGCCUAAAGGUGACCACAGGAAAAGGAGACCCGCCGCUGCCCGCUGGAGAAGACAGCCCUCGGGCCGCAGAGGUCCUUGCUAAGUGUCAGAAAGAAGAAGCAAGGAUGGUGAGACCACCGCUUCUCGCUGUGUCAAGAACGCUUUCCGGGGUGUCUGGGCUGCUGCAGAGAUGGACUGUGAUGUCUUCCUGUUUGAGAGGUUCACCUGGGUCGUGCCGGUCCCAGUGUGCAGACAGACACGGACGCAGGAUGUCCUGUGUGGGGAUGGCUCUGCUCGCCUCCACUGACGUGCAGCCUCCUUGUUAAACGCCCUCACCAGGCGCUGCUCUCGCUCUGGGGUAGCGGUCCCGAGGUAUUUCGUUGCACUUUUGGUUUGGUUUUGUGUUUUUUACACCUUUGGAGCCUCCUGGGACGCCUUUUCCUCACUCUCCUGCUGGCUUGCCCAGGGCCCUCACUCACCCACUCAGAAUUCCUUGCGAGGGCUUCCACUGGGCAGGGGGGUGCUCUGGGCCAGGCAAGAAGCCAGCAGGACACCUCUACUCUAGAGUGAGCGCUGAAGCCUCUCUGCGGUUGUGUUCGGUUGCAUUGUGUUGUAUUACGUUCUGCACACUUUUUCCCCUCACAAUUCAGUGAACUUGAUACUUCACGUUCACCAGAGGGAAUGGGGCUUAUAAGCACCGAUGGAUGUCCUCCCUGGGCAGGUGGAAAAAAGAAACAGACAUUUAACAUAUGACACGCACACAUUACAUUCAUACCCCUUAGAGCUUUUAAUCCAUUUAACUCCCAACAUCUUAGAGUAGUUUUCAAAUCACUGAACCCUGAAGUAUAUUUUUCAGGCCAGAGUAAAACUCUACCAGGGUAGGGAACCUUUUUUCU